AUGUUACUAGUUACAGUUCUCUUCUACACACUGACAAUUGUCACUUCGGCAACAGACACAUUUGCUGUUCAUCAUCAUAUUACGUACAUUGUAUCAGAAUCCAAACGUCAGAUGCUCACAAAACGAGGAUUUAUCGACGAAAGUCAAACAAACUUACAAGUAAUUGGUUUAUUUGAUGAUAAUAAUGACGACUAUGAAGCAACUGAUGUUCAUGCCAUCAAUCGGAUACAGCUAAUACUCGAUCGAAUGCGUAAGCCACUUCUACGAGUACUGUUCUCGACGUCGUCAUCUUCGGUAUCAACUAGUUCAAUCAGCCGUCCUAUUAAUUUAAUCAUUUCGGAUUUAUUCAUUUUACCACCAAUAUGGGAAGGUUAUAAAAGAAAUAUAGUUACUUAUCUGUUUGUACCGAAUAAUCUGAAAGCUUAUUUGGCUUAUAUGGAUGCAUCAGUAGAGAGAGUAAACAGUAACGAGGCGGGUCUUGAUUUCGAUCGUUUUUUACACAAAACCAUUUCUCUCGCUAAAGGGCUUAUAUGUAAUUCUAUGCGUGAUCUAGACAAAAAAUUCUUAAAAGAAUUACGACACCAAACAACAGUGCCUGGUUCAGAUAAACCUGUUCACUUUGUUGCUCCGCUCAUGUCUGAAGAUUUCAAUCAAAAACAAAAUACAGCCGAUGCGGCAAAUAUUAAACAAUGGCUAGACGAGCAAUGGGUGAAAGCCAAUCAAACACCAUCAGUGAUUUAUAUUAGCUUUGGGUCAUGGGCAUAUCUUCAAGGUAAACAGCUGAAGGAAAUUAUUCGUGCACUCAAAGUAUAUCCUAUCAUUUGGUCAUUGAAACCUAAUCUACAACGAUCAAUUUCAUCAUCUUGGAUAAAUGAAGACAAGCAUCUUCUACUUCCAUGGGUACCACAACGUUUGGUUUUAACGCAUCCUGCAAUACGUCUAUUCAUCUCACAUGGUGGCUGGAACAGUUUACUCGAAGGCAUGUUCGCUGGUAGACCGACACUUAUCUGGCCUCUCUUUGGAGAUCAAAUUAUCAAUGGACAACGGUUAGACCAUGAACUCGGCAUGGGUCGAUGUUUACAGGCGACAGACUAUGCUAAUGGGCAAAGACUUGUCACUAGCGAUGAACUUCGGCGACAUGUUGACGAUAUAUUCGAUCAAGAAACGGAUUAUAUUCGAAAAGCGAGAAAAGUUCAAAUGAUGAUGUUUAAUGCGCGUGAAAAUAGUUCACGAAUAGACUUGGAGAAAAUUAUCAGAAUCGCCCAUAAUCNGUAUGAUCGAGCUCGAAUAAAAGAUCGUCAUGGUGAUAAUGAUCCUCAUAAACGUGCGAAAGAAAUAAUCAAGAAACUUGACAUAAACCAUGAUAAGAAAAUAAGCAAAGAAGAAUUUAUUCAAGGAUGUCAACGUGAUGAAGUCAUUGCUAAACUUCUGGCUCCUGCACUGUAA